UCAGCACAGUUCGCUUCGCUAAGCUUUUUUAUUUUUUCAUUUUUUCAUUUUCAUUUUCAUUUUCACUCUGAGACGCCAGCCAUGGUUAGAGACGAUCUUUACAUAACGGUUCCCAGCUUAUUCCGAUGCCCAAUAUCACUCGACGUGAUGAAAUCCCCUGUGAGCCUCUGCACAGGCGUAACCUACGACCGUUCCAGCAUCCAACGCUGGCUCGACAACGGCAACAACACCUGCCCCGCCACCAUGCAGGUCCUCCACAGCAAGGAUUUCGUUCCUAACCGCACCUUACAGAGGCUUAUCCAGAUCUGGUCCGACUCGGUCCGCCACCGAGUCGACUCGCCCGAGUCCCCCGCCUCUACCGAAUCGGCCCCUUCCAAGGACCAAAUCCUCCUCGCCAUCACCGACUUGGAGUCAAGUGGCGAGAACCGCUUCGACUCGCUCGCGAAAAUCGUACGUUUCGCCCAAGAUUCCGAAGAGAACCGUGAUUUCCUCGCGAGAAAGAAAUGUCUCGUGCCCGUGCUGGUAGGUUUCCUCCACAAUGUCAAUGACGGAGCUAAACGGAGCGUCGAAUUCCUGGAACAGGUUGUGAAGGCGUUGGAUUUGGUUCUUUGUAAAACGGAAGAUCGCGAGGGGUUGAAAAACUCGAUCCUGAAGGGACAGGGACAUGGACAUGGACAUGGACAGAGCAUAGAUUCUGUUCUUCUUGUUCUGCAACAAGGAAGCUGUGAUUCAAGGAUUGCAUCGGCUAGGGUUUUGGAAUCCAUCGCCAUAGACGCAGAAUCGAAGCUGUUGAUAGCGGAAAAGGAAGGCCUGGUAUCGGAAUUGCUCAAUCAAAUAACACCGGAGAAAGAUCCGGCGCUAAUCGAGAGCAGCUUGUCGUGCUUGGUUGCAAUUUCGACGCCGAAAAGGAACAAAACGAAGCUAGUCCAUCUCGGAGCCAUCAAGGUCUUCUCGAACCUUCUUUCGGCGUCGAAUUUGAGCGUUUCGGUGACGGAGAAGGUGCUGAAGCUGCUUGAAACGAUGUCGUCGACGAAGGAAGGGAGAACGGAGAUAUGCGAGGAACCGGAGUGCGUGCCGGCGAUACUGAAGAAGGUUCUGAAGGUAUCGAGCUCGGCGACAGAGCACGCGGUGACGACGUUGUGGAGUGUGUGUUAUCUUUUUCGAGAUCAGAAGGCACAAGAAGCGGUCACAAAGGCCAAUGGCUUGACGAAGAUUCUGCUUCUGAUGCAGAGCAAUUGUUCCCCCACAGUGCGCCAAAUGUCUUUAGAUUUGCUUAAGAUCUUCAGGGUUAACUCUAAGUCGUGUCUUUCUUCCUAUGACACCAAAACCACCCAUAUCAUGCCCUUCUGAAUUUGAUCUUACU